CAUAUGGUUCCAGAUGAGAUGUGGGAAAUAAGAAAUCUGUGCUGCUGCUAGCUAACAUUUCACAGCUGCUGCCAGCGUUGGUCACGGCUGGAAAAGACGCACAAUUCCCGGCAGCAGGCCGACCGAGUUUUCAGCGUAUUUACCACUUUUAAGAGGAAAGUUCACGCUGUGGAAUUGCUGCUGGCAGCUGUUUUCGGACGUUAUUUGAAUAGCAUGUCCUCGUCUAAAUAGCUGUGCUAGAGGUCGAGGAUGGCUGCAGACGUGGAUAAAAGAACCCCCGACAAUGAGAGCAAAAUUAGGCAGAAUGGACACCAGACCUCGGUCUCUGGAUCCCGGUUCUACAGGGGGUUGUGGACCCUGCUGAUUGUGUGUGCUGUUCCCCUUCUCGCUUUUGGGAUAAAGUACUACCAAGAUGCCCAGCUCCUCAAACGUCAUGAGGAGAGCGUUCGAACCCUGGGUGCCGAGGGGCUUUUUCUCUUCUCCUCCUUAGACACCGACCAUGACCUCUAUCUCAGUCCCGAAGAGUUUAAACCAAUUGCAGAGAAGCUCACAGGGAUUACAGCCCCAGUAGAUUUGGAGGAGGAGGUGAUCCAUGAUCCUAAUGGAGAGACUUUAAUCUUAGAGGCCAAGAUGCAGCCUCUCCUGCUUGACUCUAUGACCAAAAGUAGGGAUGGAUUUCUUGGGGUUUCACACAGUUCGCUGAACGGUCUUCGCUCUUGGAGGAGUCCUGCAGUGCCUUCGUCAUCAUUUUUUGCCAGCCAAUUCAGGGUUUUCUUGCCCCCAAAGAACAAGGUGGAAGUGGGAGACGCAUGGUGGGUGAUUCCCAGCGAGCUCAACAUCUUUACUGGAUACCUGCCCAACAAUCGAUACCACCCUCCCACCCCAAAAGGAAAAGAGGUUCUCAUCCAUUCUUUACUGAGCAUAUUCCACCCUCGACCCUUCAUCAAAUCCCGUUUUGCUCCACAGGGCACAGUCGCCUGCAUCCGUGCCAGCAGUGACUUCUAUUAUGACAUUGUCUUCAGGAUUCAUGCAGAAUUCCAGCUCAAUGAUGUUCCAGACUUUCCCUUCUGGUUCACCCCAGGUCAGUUUACUGGCAACAUUAUCAUCUCUAAAGACGCUUCUCAUGUCCGCCACUUCCACCUCUAUGUCCCCAGUGACAGAUCUUUAAACGUAGACAUGGAGUGGCUUUAUGGAGCGAGUGAGAGCAGCAACAUGGAAGUGGACAUCGGAUACCUACCACAGUUAGAGCUGGAGUCCACUGGCCCCUCUACUCCCUCCAUCAUUAUGGAUGAGGAGGGAAACGUCAUCGACAGGAGGGACAGUGGCGAGCCAAUCCAGUUUGUCUUUGAAGAAAUUCACUGGAGCUCAGAAAUCAGUCUGCAAGAGGCCACACGCCGUCUGGAAGUCACCCUCUACCCUUUUAAGAAGGUGCCCUACUUGCCUUUUUCAGAGGCUUUUGAGCGAGCGACAGCAGAGGAGAAACUGGUGCACUCAAUUCUGCUCUGGGGAGCUUUAGAUGACCAAUCCUGCUGAGGUUCGGGGCGAACUCUCCGGGAGACAGUCCUGGAAAGUUCGCCCGUCCUGGCUCUGCUCAACCAGAGCUUCAUCAGCAGUUGGUCUCUAGUCAAAGAGCUGGAGGACAUGCAGGCUGAUGAGCAGAACCCUGCACUGAGUGAAAAGGCUCGCUUACACCUGGAAAACUACAACUUCCCUGUGGAGAUGAUGGUGGCUCUGCCCAAUGGAACUAUUGUCCACCACAUCAAUGCAAACUACUUCCUGGAUCAAACCUCUAUGAAACCAGAGGAGGAGGGAGCAACUUUCAGCUUUUCGGGGGGGUUUGAGGACCCAUCCACAUCCACUUACAUCAGUUUCCUUACAGAGGGGCUGGAGAAAGCUAAGGAGUACAUAGCACAGUAAUGUGUGUUUGUGUGAGUGUGACUGAGCCCGAGGCAUGCGGCUUCAGAAAGUGAUGAUUAUUCCUCUGGGUAAUGGUAAGAAAAACCCACAAUUAUGUAGAGAAGCUUUCUGGUCUGUGUUGGCAGCUGGAAAACAUUUUUGCCUUCUGUCCUCUUUGUUACUAUUUAUUUGAACUGUUCUUGGUCAAAAUGAAGUUUUAUAAACAUUUUUCUGUAUUGUGAUUAGUACAUGUUACAAAUGCCUUGCACACAGAGCAGUAAGAAAACUUUAGACCUGCUCUCUCUACUUGUAGCUGCUAAUGUAGUAGAUAAUCUAGACAGAGGCUUGCCAGGUCAUUACAGCGAAAGACAAAUCCUGCAAAGUGCAUCAUAACACAGUGUACUAUUGUGAUGCCUGUGCAAUAUUUAAUGGCUGAGUGAGUAUUCCUGCUGCUGAGUGCAGGCAGAGUCGGGGAGGUUGCUUCUGGUUGUGUUUCUGCAGUUGGUGAAGAAUUCGCCUAAAAGCUCUCUGAGCUGGGCGACGUCUGAUAUUGUUGCCGAAGCCGCUGGAGGGAACUCCCUUCUGACUCGGGAGGGGGGACAGCUUAAAGCAGCAGGAAGAAGUCAGACUUGGCUGCAGCAUAAAAAAAAGUUUAAUUCAGUUGUUUUCUUUGUUUUCAGUGUUAAAAAUGUUUUGUCUAAAUUUUCUGCCUUUGUGUCCUGUUCAAAGUAAGAUGUGGCCACACCAAAAAGCACCGUGCCAUGUCAGGCAGAUUAAUUCAUUUUAGUUAUUUGAAUUUGCUUUAUUUUUAUGAAAAUAUGGAAGCUGUUAGAUUCUUUAAUCUAAAAACAAACAUUACUGUGUAUUAAACGCCAUUUGCUUGCA